GUGUAUUGGAUACGUUGAAACAGGCUCUAGGACAUAUGUAUGCCUGUGUUCAGAUUUUUUUUAUAUGCAUAAACUUUUAUUUGGCCGUUUUAAUACCUUUCCUUUAAUUUGUAUUGUACAAAAGGCUGUCUUGGUCUGUUCAAUGAACUCUACACAUCAAUACAUAUAACGUUGAUUCCUUUGUGCUUAGAUGUGUUGAUCUAGACCACAACACGUGCUUAUAAAUGUCAUCUGUGUAAAUAAUCUUCUUGCUUAAUAAAUGUUCAAAGUCUCGAGGCAAAGUUUUGUGUCAGUGAUGUCUGUGUUAUACUAGAGUUACUAGAGUAUUCUUAAUGGAUUAAUAACGCAAUUUCGUUAAUUAUUUCUGAGAUAAGAGCGUGCUUUCUACGUGUAUUCUGAUCACACUGUGAGAAAUGCUGAAUAAAUGCAUGUAUUAAUGUAAUCUGAUAACGUUAGUACAGGCGUUGGUAUUUCCAUGUAAUUUUGAAAUACACUGUGUUAUUUUGUAUAACAAUACAUGUUCAAAGAAAAUCAAAUGUAAACUGAUUAAUGCAGGUAUAGGGAGAAAGAUGAAUUAGAAUUGAUAGACAUUAUAAUAGGACCACUAUUUCAGACAUUUAACAAGCAAAAAGGAGAAACAAGAACUGAAUGGGGAAACAAAAUGUCUGCAGGAGACAGCCAUUGAGUGGAAGGGGACACACACACAUGACCUUGAAAUAAUAAAAUAUAACUAGUACUCGUUGAUCUUGAUAUAGGUCACUUUCGCUGACAACUAAACACUGAAAACUAAAUAAAGGUAUGUUCACAUGAGUGUAUUUAACUCUGAGACUUACAGAUGUUUGACCUCAAUCUGUUAAUUGGUAACAACUAUGAAACAUACAAGAAGGAAUAGUGGCUAGAAAAACAAGUGUGAGUACUAAUGAAAUGUUCCUAAGACCUCACCUUCUGACAUGCCAAGCAUGGUCUGAGAAACUACUUGCAAGUGUAAACUUAUUCUUAAAUAAUUUUGGAAUGACAUAAAAAAUAUAAAAUACAGUAAAUAAAAAGAACAACAUUAAACAACUUUCGCCUUUAGUUGGAGUGUUCAGAUUUUAUUCUUGAUUAUCUAAGAUUGCGUUUUUCUUUCUCAUUGUUCACGACUUUGGAAUAUAUGAGUGUUAAGUGUCUUCUUGAAAAUGUCUAUUUGUGAACUAUAAAAGGACUAUGAAUGAAACUGACCGCCAUUUGUAUUCCACCUCCAAUUGUUUGGAUCCUGACUUGAGUCAGUUUGGCACAUCCCCAUGUCGCUGAGUUGUAUCCACUGGAAUAUGUUGUCACAGCUUCAACCGAGUUGUUUUCUAGCAUUGCUCCUGUGAUGAAAUCAUUUUUCAAAAAUAACGAACUCAAUAUUGAAAUGUUAUCCCAAGGCAUUAGUUACGUGCACCGUUCAAUUAUUUAGUCAAACCGAGCAAAUUGAAUGCAGUUUGAAUAAAGGCAGUGCUUGAAAAACAGUGUUCAUUCAGGCAGGGCUAGGCAAGAAAGUGAACGUUUAGGAAGUGCUAGCUAGGCAAGGCAGUGAUCAUUCAGGCAGUACUUGCCAAGGCAGUGAUCAUUCAGGCAGUAGCCAAGACAGGUAUCUUUCAGCAGUUCUUUCCAAGGCAGUGAUCAUUCGGCAGUACUUGCAAAGUUAGCUAUUAUUCAAACAGUACUUGCCAAGGCAGUGAUUACUCGAGCAUUACUUGCCAAAGCAGUGAUUAUUCGAGCAGUACUUGCCAAGGCAGUGAUUUUUCGAGCAUUACUUGUCAAAGUAGUAAAUGUCCACAUGUCAGAUCCCAUGCAAGACACAUCAGGGUCUCUGUUGAGUGCAACUGGUGUGUGUGAAACAAAAAGCUGAAAAUGAGCCCUGCCAAGAAGAGGAAGUUAACAAGGAGCACAGACUUAUCUCCUGAAGUAGUCACACAGUACCUCAAACAGAACCCGGAAGUGCUUGACCACUACAUCACUGACCACGUCAAGACGGACCGGAUAGAAAGAUGGCUACAAACCAAACCUCUUCCUUCCCAGUCCCGUCACAUUUUAACUGGACAUCAGUCUCCGGCACUAAGUGUCAACGGAGAGUAUCCUGAAGAAAAGAGAGUGGCUUUAUCAAAAUGGAAAACCAGACUACAGACUAGUAAAGGGAGAGUACUUCAGGAGCUCUCCAAAGAGUUUCAUCAUACCAAUGGCAAGGUGAUGGUCUUGCUGGAACUGUCAGCCUGUGUUGCAUCAGCAAUCACUUCAGAUUCGUACAGUUUGUACUCAUGUGAUUUGGAAAAAAAGGAGAUGGCUAGGCUAUCCAAAACUGAGCAGGGAGAUGUGGUGAUAGGACCUAAGGAGCCAAUAACUCUUGGUACUUCAUUUUCGGCCCAUGUAGCACUAACAAGGGAGGCACGACGUGAGAGCCAUUUAUCUGGGGAGAGACGCGAUGCCCUAACUGUUAGUGACAAUACAGCAGACUCUCUCAUGGCUCUGCCUAUUCUAGAUGAUGCAGAAAAAUGUUUUGGAGUUGUAGAGUUUUACAGACUAGCCAAGUCAAGUCAUUUUACUGAGGAGGAGGAAGAGGUGGCAACACUUAUGUUACAAUGGUAUGACAUGCUGGUCGAUUAUGUUGAGACACACAGUGUAAUGAUACGACAACGAAAACUGAGUGACUUUCUGUUAGAGGUGACCAAGUCAGUGUUUCAGGACAUUGUCAGCAUGGAUGUUGUUAUUAUGAAAAUAAUGAACUUUGCCAAAGCCUUGGUACAUGCAGACAGAACAUCUCUCUUCUUGUUGGACACACGGUCCAAUGAGCUCUAUGCCCGCAUCUUUGACGAUGGUUACUCGCUGGACGAGUUCGUUUUGCAAGAAGCUAACAGGGAGCUCCACAAAGAAAGGAGCAGCUCUACCAGUAGGGAUGAUGAAGACCUUGAAGCUGUUGCCGAUUAUUCUGGAGGAGAAGGCAGUGAAACUGAAGAGAAGAUCCAAAGACGACCAACGUGGCAACAGCAAGAUAUCAGGUUUUCAAUGGACAAAGGAGUAGCAGGCUAUGUAGCUAGUACUGGGAAAGUGCUGAACAUUAAAGAUGCAUACAAAGAUCCCAGAUUCAAUCCAGAGGUGGACAUCCGGACGGGAUAUAAGACAAAGUCAAUUUUGUGUAUGCCCAUCUUCAUUCGUGGAGUUGUUAUUGGUGUGGUUCAAAUGGUAAACAAACGCAACGGGACAUUCACCAAAGCUGAUGAACAAGCUUUUGAGACUUUUGCUAUUUAUUGUGGUCUAGCUCUGCACCAUGCAAAGUUAUAUGAGAAGAUACGUCGGUCGGAACAAAAGUACAAAGUUGCCUUAGAUGUAUUGUCCUACCACAGUCAGGCUACAGCAGAAGAGGUCAAGACACUCAAAGACAAACCCAUCCCAAAAAGUAUUAAAAACAUCACCAGGUAUGACUUCUCACCCUGGGCUGUUAUGGAGGAUGAUAAACCAGUUCAUUGUUUGUAUAUGUUCAAGAUAUUGUUUCAGGACAUUAAAUAUGACCUUGAAGACCUCAUGCGUUUCACACUGACAGUCAGAAAAAAUUACAGAAGUGUACCCUAUCACAACUGGUCCCAUGCCUUCUCUGUGGCUCACUCUAUGUUUACAGUGCUACAGACAACCCAACAUAAACUUUCUCCAGUAGAGUGUAUAUCACUGUUUGUAUCCUGUCUCUGUCAUGAUCUUGACCACCGUGGAAAGACAAAUCAAUUUAUGGUACAGAGUUGUUCUCCUUUGGCAGCUGUCUACAGCACAAGCACCAUGGAGCAUCAUCAUUUCAAUCAGACAGUAACUAUUUUACAGAAUGAAGGACACAAUAUUUUUAAAUACCUCAGUUCAGAUGAGUACAAAAAGGUACUUGGCGACAUUAAACAAAGUAUUUUAGCUACAGACCUUGCAGUAUUCUUCAAGAACAAAGUCACAUUACACAAUAUUAUCACCAACGAACCUUUCUGCUGGGAAACAAUACACCAUAGGUCAACACUUACUGCUGUGGCAAUGACUGCAUGUGACCUGUGCGCCAUGUACAAGCCCUGGGACGUUCAGCUCAGCCUAGUCUACAUCAUCAUGGAAGAAUUCUGGCAGCAGGGAGAUGAAGAAAAGAGGCGUGGCCUAGUUCCUAUUCAGAUGAUGGACAGAGAUAAGAAGGAAGAACUACCUAUGCUAGAGGUUGGCUUUAUUCAAAGUAUUUGUAUUCCAUGCUACGAGCUAAUGUACUCAGUGAUGCCUGAGACGCAGCCAAUGUUGACUGGAGCAAGAGAAAACCUCAGAAAAUGGAAAGAACUGAUGGACAGUCAUCUAAAAAAAAUUGGCACAAAUGUGUGAUGACCAAAUCCAAACUGACAUUUAGCAUGAUGCUCAAAAUGUCAUCUCAUCUAAUCCUCCUAUCAUUGGAGUUAUUAUCUCCAUGGAAUCCGUUUAUACUUUGAAAAUCUCUGCAAUACAUGUUCCCGAAGUUUACUUUAAGAUGACAGUAAAUAGAAUUCGAAAGUAAACACAGCACUAAGGCAUUAGUGGGAUACAUUUGUCAUAAGCCAUGAACUAAUAACUUAUGAAAACAUGACCAUUGACCAUGUGGAAUGCUCAUGCAAGAAAGAAACAAUUUCUUUUACUUUUAUAAGUAACUGCUUACAAGGAUCAGGAACAUUGGAAGUUAAUUUUUAUUGUGAUAUUCUAUUCAAGUUUGUCUGCAUCAUACAUUAAUAUUUUUAGCAAAGUGUGCUUUCCAUUUUUAUAGUCUAUUUUUUGGGGCAAUUCACAAAAAUAUUAAUUUGUAGUGCCAAUGUGUGCCAUAUCCAAGAAUAAAUGUAAUGAAUUGUCAGACAGUUAAGGCCAAAAUGUAUGAAAAGUUUUCUGCUUUAUUUUAGUAGGAAGACAAAAGCCUAUAUUCUAGUACUAUUCGAAUAACAUUUUUUCUAUGCCUUGUAGAUUGCGGCUGGUACACACUAAAAAUAUAUUUGAAAAGUGACAUUUGAAUUUAGACGAAACAUAAGUUAUUAUUUCUAAAACAGCUUGUAUUGUUUUCUUAUUUUUUUUAUGUAUUAUGUCAUAUUAGUAUCUCAUAGUAUCAUUAUUUAAAUACCAUACAAUAUAAUAUAUAUUUUUCUAUCUCAUAGAUGUCCAUAAUUGAAUUUCUUGAUUCAUUUUUUAUGAAAAAAUUGUGGAUUAUUCAAUAAAAUUAGAAUUAUUACAGCUUCCUUAUGAAA